AGCGUCGCACGCCCGUGGCCGACAUUUUCCGCGGCCGCACGCGCCUGCGCCUGCACCGCGCCCGCGCGCCCCGCCCCCCGCCGCACGCGCCGCAUCUUGUCACUGACGCGGUGCAGCCGUUCUUCACGCUGCAGCUGGAUAUUGAGGUAAGGAGGGGAUUCAUGACGUCACACGCGUGGUCAUGGAACGAUACAACAAAACAAAAGAGCGUCGCACGCGCCUGCGUUUACACCGCACUCGCCGCUGCGCCGUUCUUUACGUUGCUGCUGGAUAUUGAGCGUCGCACGCCCGUGGCCGACAUCUUCCGCGGCCGCACGCGCCUGCGCCUGCACCGCGCCCGCGCGCCCCGCCCCCCGCCGCACGCGCCGCAUCUUGUCACUGAUGCGGUGCAGCCGUUCUUUACAUUGCAGCUGGAUAUUGAGCGCGCGAACAGCGUAAAAGACGCCUUAGAACUCCUAGCCAACAAGGAUACAUUGGAAGGAGUACCAGACGCCUGGCAGCAGCUGUCUUUGGAACAGCUGCCUGUGGUCCUACUGCUGCAUCUGAAGUGCUUCCAGUUGGAUGCUGAAGGACACACAGCUAAGAUCGUGAAGAAUAUCGACUAUCCUGUGGAUCUGAAGAUUGACCCCCGGAUCAUGACGUCAAAAGUGAAGUACACUCGUAUCCAGCGGAUAUACAAGCUGUUUGCGGUGGUGUACCACGAGGGAGUGGAGGCGGUCAAAGGACACUACCUCACCGACACCUACCACGACCAAGUCGGAUGGAUUAG